UUGUGUAUACUUGUUUACACCACAAGCACGGUUCAAAACUUUUGUCUCUGCCACUGCUAACAGUACUCGCAAAACAUGGCCGACGUUGGCGCUACGCAGGCACCGCUGAACGACAGUACGGACCCCACGUUCGAUGAUGCAGAGGAGGCAGAGUCCAAGGAAAUCCAACUCAUGAAACUGCGCGUGGAGGAAAUGGAACGGGAGGCCAAGAAGCUGCGAGAACUGCAGGCCGCAGCGGAGUCGGUUAGCUCUGGGGCGGGUGGAUCUGACCAGGGUGUUCCGAUGGAAACCGAGGAAGAUAGGGCCAUUGCAGACAGUCGGAGUAUCUUCGUGGGCAAUGUGGACUAUGGCGCAACGCCGGAAGAAAUUCAGGGUCAUUUCCAAGCAUGUGGAACCAUCAAUCGAGUAACAAUACUCUGCGACAAGUUUACUGGGCACCCCAAAGGGUACGCUUAUGUUGAGUUCGCAGAACCCGAUUUCAUAGACGCUGCAUUAGCAAUGGAUAACUCACUAUUCCGUGGACGGCUAAUAAAAGUUACAGCAAAGCGCACUAAUGUCCCGGGUUUCAACCGGGGACGUGGCCGAGGAGUUCCCCGGGGUGGAUACCGAGGUGGAUACAGAGGGGGGCAUAGAGGUGGCUAUGGGUACAGCCCCUAUCGUGCACGUGGCAGGGGGCGGGGACGCGGGUUUUGAUGCAAAAGGUGGACGGCAACAAGCAAUAUGUCAUAUCC